ACUGUGGGAGCAGUGACGGAUGACAAGCCCUGCCAGCUGGCAGGAAGAAGGUCAGCAAAGCUGCUGAUAAGAGGUGUAUAAAGAGGUUGGCUCAAGGCAAGGGACAGUGGUCUACUCUGCUGACAACAUGCUGUGCUUCCUGGUGUUCGCCACCCUAGUCCUUUAUGGAAACAGCAUCCCGAACUUUCCAGAAACUAAUGCUCGGGUCGUUGGAGGGACUGAGGCCCAGAAGAAUUCCUGGCCCUCUCAGGUUUCCCUCCAGUACCAGUCUGGAAGUUCCUGGUUUCACACUUGUGGAGGGACCCUUGUCAAAGAGAACUGGGUGUUGACAGCGGCUCACUGCGUGGACCACCCAAUGGUCUUCCGUGUGGUGGCUGGGGACCACAACCUCGGAAAGGAAGAAGGGACGGAGCAGUACAUGGAAGUGGAUAAGAUUGUGAUACACCCGCACUGGGACAGCAAGGACGUGGCUGCCGGCCAUGACAUCGCCCUGCUGCGCCUAACCCAGAGCGUUACCCUCAAUAGUUAUGUCCAGCUGUCUGCUCUGCCCCUGAAAGGAAUCAUUCUGAGAAACAAAUAUCCUUGCUCCAUCACAGGCUGGGGCAGGACCAGGACCGAAGGACGGCUAGCCCAGACCCUUCAUCAGGCGCCCAUGCCCACCGUGGAUCAUGCCACCUGCUCUCACCCUUCCUACUGGGGUUCCGCUGUGAAGACCACCAUGAUGUGUGCUGGUGGAGAUGGAGUUAGCGCUGGAUGUCAGGGUGAUUCUGGAGGUCCCCUCCAUUGCUCGGUGAGAGGCAAGUAUUCUGUCUACGGAGUGACCAGCUUUGUGUCCAGCCUGGGCUGUAAUGUCUCCAUGAAGCCCACAGUCUUCACCCGAGUCUCUGCUUACAUCUUUUGGAUAAAUAGAGUUUUUGAAAACAACUGAACAUUAUCUUGAGUCCAUUGGUCUUCCAAAGAUGGUUCUUAGAUCUGCAAUAGGACUUGAGAUCAACAAGGGAAAAACAGGAUUGGGGGUAUAGCUCAGUGUAGUUUGCUUACCUAGCAUGACCAAAGCCCUGGGUUUGAUUCCCAACGGGGUGGGGUGGGGGCACAAUCUAAGAGACUAUUGAAUGAGAGAUAA